AUGAAAACGAGGUCGUACGGGGAGGACUGUAUGAUCAUGCCAGUACAAGUGCAUGAUAACAGAGGAGGAUUUCAAGCCGGUGGUAUCAGCGGCGGCGAUGAGGAGAAGAUGAGUAGUAGUGAGGAAAUGUUGGCACCAAUGGCUAGUGAGCUCACCGCAUCAAGGACUAGCGAGCUCACCGUCUCCUUUGAAGGGGAAGUUCAUGUUUUUCCUGCCGUCACUCCUGAAAAGAAUAACAAGGCUGUAGAUGAUGGUUUGAGUCCUACUGUUUCUAGUAGAAUUGCAUCUCUGGUUAGGUUCCUUGAGAAGCGGAAAGAGAGGUGCUUUGAGAAGAAGAUUAGGUACACUUACUGA